CCGGCUCAGUCGGGAGCAUUACCCUGCAGCCUGUCUGUGUGUUGUUUUGUGUGCAUGUCGAGGGUGAGUGGAAGCAGAGAAACGUGUGCUCAGGUGACUGCAUGUUGUAAUGUGAAGAUACAUUUCAUCAUUUGCACUUAUGACAAAUAGUCAGCCAGUUUUAGGGUGAUAUAGUUUAGACAAGAUGUCCACUGACUGCCAGAAGACCACUGCCAAGGCCAUCCCGUCGACCAGGAGGGUGACCAUCAACGACGCGGCGCACAUGCCCCACGACUACUCCACUACUCCCGGAGGCACCCUGUUCAGCACGACCCCGGGUGGUACCAGGAUCAUCUACGACCGAAAGUUCCUGCUGGGGUGUCGCAGCUCUCCGGUGGCAAAGACUCCUCCGCACGGUCUGCCCAAAAUUCCAGGGGUGACCAGUCCUCCCUCCAAAGACACCAAUGAGAAGGCCCAUAAUGGAGAACCAAUGAACAACAACAUCACUGCACCUGACAGCAGCAACACUGGUGAUGACUCACAGUUUGAAAUGGACAUCUAGUUGGUCCUGGAGCGAGUGUCGAGAUGUCAGACUAACCAACACGAUGCUGUGAAGAGAGGCUCAGGAACGCCUUCUUAUUUCCUAUCAUCCAUUCCAUAAAGACCGAGGUUCGCCUUCCUUAUCUCCAGUGUCUUAGUGUUUUGAAGUCUGUCUCUAUCAAUCUCAAUUGCUUGCUAUGAGCAGAACAAACCUGUAAUGAUUUUUAUUCUGUCUGCCUCAAGGCCUAAAGCUGAUUUAUGUGUGACAAAGUGUGCCUUCCUGUAGUGGCUAUAAGUUUAAAUUCAACACUGAGAAGUAAACACCAACAAAGCCUCAUCCUUAAGAACUGGGAUACGUUAAUGGAAAUGAAGAUCAAUAGGUAAAAGGAAUAAAUGCAAUUCGCUGAAUUUAUAACCAUUCCAAAAGGGGUUUUCUCUUGAUGUGCUUUUAUUUCAACACACUUCCUGACACCUCUCUUCAGCCGUUGCCUUGACAUGUUCAAGAUACUGAAUAUUUUGUUUACCAUGCUCUCAAAAAACAGUUCUUCACCUGAAGUGUCAUAAAGAGAAUGUAAAACAUCAUUUUGUUGAUGAAAUUUUUGAAACAGAUUUUCACACGGUUUGUAAGGUGACAAAGCAUUAAAGGCAAACGCCAUCAUAGCAA